UGGAGCUUGAUGGAAUGCUGCUGCUGCCGGGAGUGAAUGCCCCGCACUUAGCUCAGGGUUAGCGCAGGGUCUCAUUCCCCUCCCCUCUGAGCGGGCCUGAGCCUUCUCCACUUUCGGCAAAGGUCUGUCCUGCGCGCCCUUUGACUUACCUGCAGCGUACCUGCAGUGGCUGCCUACACCAAUGAACAACGAGGCUAGUUGUUACGCGUCUCAUCGCUGCCUGGUAUCCAGCGUGUUCAUUAAGAUUGAUAAUCUCAGACCUGCCAUCAAACACAAGCCAGCUCGUCUCGAUCAUCUGUGAUUUACAGUUGUCGCAACUACCACCAACAUGACGCCAAAAAAGAUGUUUACUGUUCUUGAGAACAACCCAGAAGUCAUGAACUCCUUGGCUCAAAACCUCGGUCUGGACACGAAUGCGCUCUCUUUCUACGAUGUCUACUCACUUACUGAUCCGGACAUGCUGGCUUUCAUCCCGCGACCAGCCAUAGCACUACUCGUUAUCAUACCUCUGACGCCUACAUGGGAUGAGGCGCGAACGGUAGAAGACAGAGACAAAUCUGAGUAUGAGGGCAAGGGCGACACAGAACCCGUCAUAUGGUUCAAGCAAACUAUAGGCAACGCUUGCGGAAGCAUAGGCUUGGUGCACUGUCUCCUCAACAGCGAAGCUGCACAGCACAUCCAGCCAUCCUCGACCCUCGCUAAGAUCCGCGAUGAUGCGCUACCAAAACCCAUCUGGGAGCGGGCGAAAGUGCUCGAAGACUCUGACGCAUUUGAGAAGGCUCACGCAGACGCAGCAAAACUUGGAGACACAGAAGCACCUGUAGCAAUAGAGGAGUAUCAUCUCGGUCAGCAUUUCGUGGCGUUCGUCAAAGCAAAAGAUGGCCACUUGUGGGAACUCGAAGGUGGUCGUAUGGGUCCACUCGACCGAGGUGUGCUCAACGAGGAUGAGGAUGUGCUUAGUCCUGCGGCGCUGGAGAAGGGCAUUGGACGUCUGAUGAGGAUCGAGUCUGAGAAAGGUGGCGACCUGAGGUUCUCUGCAAUCGCGCUGGCUCCGGCGAUGAAAUGAAGAGUGGCACACCUGCCGACGCCCGAAUGAUGCGUUACACAUGGGUUCUUGUUCGCAACACGCCAGGGCUGUCCACAAGCAA